CCUUUUCAUCACAAAAGUCUUCACAAAAAAAGCAAAUAGUAAUAGAGACGAAAUGAAUCAAAUUUAAAGUUCAAGCUAUUUAGUUUAGAAAAAAAAUUUAAAUACAAAUGUGGAUUUAAAUUUUCAAAAAUGAUUUUGGGUCAAUAUUCCACCCUUACUUCGCUCAAAUGUGUAGCGCCAACGCUUGCCCUCCAUUUACGUCACGUGCCAAAAAUUAUUAGAGACGUGGUAAAACACUUCAGUUCGAAAUGUGCUGGCGGCUCUGAUGGCAAAGGUAAGAAAUCAAAGAUAGAUGAAAAGGAUAACCUAACGGCCGUGCUGUAUGGCAUCGAAGAUUUGCGACUGGAACAACGCCCCAUUCCAAAAAUUGCUGACGAUGAAGUGCUUUUGAAAAUGGACUGUGUAGGCAUCUGUGGUUCUGACGUACAUUAUUUAGUUCAUGGACGCAUUGGCGAUUUUGUGCUCACAAAACCAAUGAUCAUCGGACACGAAGCAUCUGGCAUUGUAGCUAAAGUGGGCAAAAAAGUAAAACAUCUUGCGGUGGGUGAUCGCGUAGCCUGUGAGCCGGGCGUGCCUUGCCGUUACUGCAACUAUUGCAAAGCCGGCCAAUAUAAUCUCUGCCUUGGUAUGAUAUUCUGUGCGACACCACCUUAUGAUGGUAACCUCACACGCUACUAUAAACAUGCUGCCGAUUUCUGCUACAAACUGCCCGAUCAUAUGACUAUGGAGGAGGGUGCGCUGUUGGAGCCACUUUCAUGUGGUGUACAUGCUUGUCGACGUGCUGGUGUAAGCCUCGGUUCGAAGGUACUUGUAUUGGGCGCUGGUCCAAUUGGUUUGGUAACACUAGCAGCCGCGCAAGCCAUGGGUGCCGUACAGGUUAUGAUCACAGAUUUGGUGCAACAGCGAUUGGAUGUCGCUAAGAAAUUGGGUGCCACACAUACAUUACUCGUCAACAAAGAUGAUUGCGCUGAAGAUUUGGCUAAAAAGGUACAUAAAAUAAUGGGUGUUGAACCCGAUAAAGCGAUCGAUUGUUGCGGUGCCGAGUCAACCACACGUUUGAGCGUUUUCGCUACACGCUCAGGCGGUUGCGUUGUUAUUGUAGGUAUGGGUGGCGCAGAGUCGAAAGUACCCUUGAUAAAUGCGUUGGUGCGAGAAGUAGAUAUACGUGGUGUUUUCCGCUAUUGCAAUGACUAUCCGGCUGCAUUGGCACUAGUUGCGUCCGGUAAGGUGAAUGUAAAACGCUUGAUUACUCACCACUUCGACAUCACAGAGACGGCGAAGGCUUUCGAAACUGCACGCCAUGGACACGGUGGCGCCAUCAAAGUCAUGAUACACGUGCAACCCAGAGACACAAAUAAUAAAUCUAAGUGAACUUCAAUAAAGUAAGAAAUGUGGUAUAAAAUUAGAAAA